GGACACACCCGAGCGACGCGCGAGAUCGGGCCGCCUCCUCAGGGGGGCCGCCCAAGCGAGGCCCAGGGGAGGGUAGGUCUCUCCCAGGCAGACGAUGAAGAGCACCUGUACCGACCAUCCAUCGGGCCAGAGAGGGGGGUACCCUCCCUCUCCCUCCAGUGACCAAACCUCGUCGAUUGUUUCUCACUGCAUCUCGCCACCCACCCAGGAACCAUGGACCGUCAGACCCACUCGAGCCAGCUCGGCGCCGCCUUUGCUCAGCACUAUUACUCCACUUUUGACCACAACAUCGAGAACCUGGGCAGCCUCUAUGCCGACAAUGCCUUCUUCUCUUUCGAGGGCAACUGCGUCAUCGGCCCGGUCGACAUCAUGAACCGCUUCCGCAGCAUGGGCUUCUCUCAAAUCAUUCACAAGAUCUUCACCGUCGACGCCCAGCCCGGCCCCGUCGAGGGUACCCACAUUAUCUUCGUCACCGGCCAGUUCGCCAUCGACGGCGAGGUCGACAAGCCUCACCUUUUCUCGGAGACCUUCCAGCUCGCUCAGCAGGGCGGCUCGGUUGUCAUCAUCAACGACAUUUUCCGCCGCGUGUCCCAGGGCUAAGUCCCGGCGACCUGCCUGUGCUUCACAGUGUGCUGCCGUUCUGACGACACAAGCGGGGAGGGGGGAAGACAAACCGAGAGCCCCAUGCCGGCCAACGUGCCUCUCUUUGCCGCCCACCGAAAGCAUCCCGGACACGUGUGUAUGUUUCACCAUGUGGCCGUGUGUGUAUGUGUGUGUAUGUGCGUGCGUGCGUGUAUGCCCGUGCGCGUGUGGCCCACCUGCCCCGAUGAAAGGACACACGCGCGCUGUCUAAUACACCAAACGAGAUUCCCCAAA